CUUCCGGUCUCAUAUACCCAACAACCUUGUGCGUGAGGUUGGGGCUUUAUGAAGACUGUCACCUUUACAGUAAACUUACCACACAAUAUCAGUUAUUUCUAAACUGAAUUUACUUUUUGUAGUGCAGUUAUGUCGCUUGCUGCUGAUGCUUUUGUUUCUCAGAUAGCAGCUGCAGAACCAUGGCCUGAAAAUGCAACACUGUAUCAGCCAUUGAAGGAAGAACAGAUUUUACUGUCUGACAAUGCAUCUUCCCUUGCUGUACAGGCCUUUCUUCGCAUGUGCAAUCUGCCCGUCCAGGUGGUGUGCAGGGCUAAUGCAGAAUACAUGUCUCCAUCUGGCAAAGUCCCCUUUAUUCAUGUGGGAAAUCAAGUUGUAUCUGAACUGGGUCCCAUUGUCCAAUUUGUCAAAGCAAAGGGUCACUCACUGAGUGAUGGACUAGAUGAUGGUCAGAAAGCUGUGAUGAAAGCAUAUAUGGAGCUAGUGAACAACAUGCUUCUAACAGCAGAGCUGUAUAUUCAGUGGUGUGAUGAAACUACAUCAGCAGAGAUUACCCGUCCCAGAUUUGGAUCUCCAUACCCUUCUCCACUGAACUAUAUCUUGGCAUAUCAGAAGCAGUGGGAAGUAAGACGAAAAAUGAAAGCUAUUGGAUGGGCUGGGAAGUCUCUUGAGCAGGUGUAUGAAGAUGUAGACCAGUGCUGCCAAGCUCUGUCACAAAGACUUGGAUCACAGUCCUAUUUCUUCAGCAGACAGCCAACUGAACUGGAUGCAUUGGUGUUCGGACAUCUGUACACAAUUCUCACUACCCAGCUUACCACUGAUGAACUCUGUGAUAAAGUUAAGGGCCAUGGUAACCUGAUAGCAUUUUGCAGGCGAAUAGAACAGAACUACUUUGAAGAGAAUGACAGGGACAGCACUUCAAGUAUGUCAUCAAGAUUCUCUAAAGGACCAUGAUUUAUGACUCAAAAAAGUCUCACCUUUAUGUAUGAGAAUUCCUAGCACACAGAUAAGUUGCAAAAAAAAAUCAAAUACCAAGCAGAUCAAAAAGGCGAGAUUAUUAGUUUGUGAUGUGGUAAUUGCAGGAGUGCUGUAUAAUAAUUGUUACUGAACUAUACAUACCUUGCAUAUUGAGAUUGAGGUAUAUCAUUUAAUAUCCUGUUUUUUUUAUUUCAUACGGCUUUAAACAACUGUAUUUGACUAGAAAUCCAAUAAAGAGCUUUGUGUAAAAUCUA